AUGUUUAUUGCCCUAAGCUUUUGCCUUUGUCACCUGGUCUUUUCACUCCUGAUGCCAGAUGCCUGGGAGUCUGCGCUACGCUCUCUUCGGGGGGGCAAGGCAGUCCCGGCGGGACAGCCCGCCAUCGAUGUGUGGAAGCGGGAGACCAGAGUGGUGGCCAAGGCCUUGAGUAGGAUCUCGAUUGCUGCGCUUUGUGGGGAUGAACCUUACGUUCCAGAGGAGUGGAGUGAGAUGCAGUUUGCUUGGCUGCCGAAAGUGGGGAAAUCCCCCAGUUCCCCUAGCAACCUUAGGAGCAUUGGUCUUAUGGCAGCAGACACCAAGGGGAUGCUUGUCAUUCUGCGCGAGGCUGUGAAGCCCGUCAUUGUGCAGUACAUGUUUGAUGCUCCGCAAUACGCCUACAGGCCCGGGGCGUCCACGGCGGAUGCGCUGCUCCGGGCAUCGUAUCAUUGCUCCUCUGUGCGUGCUCUUCUCAGUCAGCAUCAGCGGGACCAUACCUCCAAGAUUUUGGGCGUUGGGGAUGUGGACUUGGUCGGGGGCAUGAUGAUAAGCAUUGACCUUCGGAAAGCCUUUGACAGCGUAUCGCAUGCAGAGUUGUACCUUUCGAUGCUGGAAGCCUCAGUUCCUCAGGAUCUUGCUUCGGUGAUUCAUGUGCAAACGCAGUGUUCUGUGCUCCACGGGGGUGCCCGUGAAUCUAAUGGGAUGAGUCGUGGUCUUCGCCAAGGGUGUCCUGUUGCUCCGAUUCUGUUUGCUGCAUGGUCGGUGAGGACUUUGCGACUUUUUCGGGAGGCACUUCCACAAGGCUCGGACAGAGACUGCUAUACCAUGUUCGCAGAUGACCUGUUGGGCUGCUGGGAGUUUCAUUCUAUUGCCGACUUCUUUUCUUCCCUUCGGGAUGUUAGAACGGUUUUCUUGGUUCUUGCCGGUUUGGGGAUGGAAAUCAACUUCCGGAAAAGUGUGGCUGUGCUGCGACUUCGGGGCUCCGCGGUGGCUCGCGUCUCCAGGCAUGCGCUGGUGUGGCGUGCGGAUGGGCAGUAUCUUCGGGUGCGGUCGGAUCCCCAAGACUUCUAUAUUCCUGUUGCAUCGACCAUGCCGUACCUGGGGGCGAUACUUGCGUAUGAUAAUUAUGAACUGAAAACCUUCCGGAACCGGGCCCAGUGCGCGCAGAUGCGGUUCCAAGAGCUUCGCAAGGUGCUGCGCUCCAAUGGGGCGCUUUCUGCGCGCCAUCGCCUGCGGCUGUACAAGGCCACGGUCUGGCCGUCCUUGUGGUAUUCAUUGAGCUCGAUUGGGGUCACUGGUGAAGUUCUUCGUGGUGUUAUCUCGGUGCUUUCAGGUCAUCUGCGGAAGGUUCUGCGCAUCUAUGAGGGUGGCAUCACCAACCAGGCGGUGAUGGAACGUGCUGGUAUGAUUCCUCAACAGUUCUUCACUGCCCAGGCUGAGCUCAAGGCUGGGAGCAUUGAUGCGGACCCGUUUCGGAGCGCGGUCCCCCUGAGCUCGUGCUCUCUGGUGCGGGUUGGUGUCAACGAGGCGCUUCACUCGCUCUUCGGGCUUCCCUUCUGGAUGAGGGAGCCUGAUAUGCUAAAAGUCAUUUCCGAAGAAGAGCAACGGCACCCUCCGACUCCUCCAGACGGCGCCGCCGCGCAGGACACCCUUCAGGAGGCGGUUGGCCGGGCGCUAACAGAUCCCUCCAAGAUCAAAAAACACUGGCAGGACUCUCAUGCGACUGAGUGGCGGGCUGCAGCGCAGGAGGCUGUUCCGGCAGCCUACAAGCAGUUCAAGCCUGAGCUUACGUCGAUCGGGCGACAUCUGACCUUCAAACAAAGCAAGUCGUCACAGGAGCAAGGUGACUCGGCGACCUCCACUGCCAAUACUGGCAACGACUGGGUCGGCCGCAUUGUGUUGCAGAACUCCAACAAUCUCUGCUACCUGAAUGCUCUGCGUCGCAUUGGCGCCCUGGGGAUGUCGGCCUCUCGAGGUGUCCUCCUUACUGCCCAGCUGCAGGUGGCUCGCCAUCAGGAGGGCUCCAAGAGCUUCGUUCCGGUUUGGCCGGAUUCGGAGGUGCGACUCCCCUUCUUUGGCAGUGAGCUUGCUGUGGAGUGGCUUCGAUAUAAGGUUAUGGCAGUGGUGGAGCACCACGGGGAGCAGGUCAGUUCUGGCCAUUACCGUGCUGUUCUCAGAGGGCUUUCGGAUUGGUUGCAUACGGACGAUGGCGUGUCUGCGACAGUGGUCUCUUUUGAUCGUGAUCGUGCUGAGCUUUCAUACUUGUUCUGGGCAGUGAAGGCUCAAGAGUCGGAGGUGUCGGAGGCGCCGGAUGCGAACAUGCUCGAGGGCGAGCAGGAGUGGGACUUCUACACGAAAUACUGGCCCAGUGGGCCGGGCAUUCCGGCGGGCAAGGACGUGGCAGCGGAGAUGGCAAGGCUUUGCGGGGAACGGUGGGUCCGACCAAGCGGCUCCCAAGGGCACUCAGGGGGCGUCAGCAGCGGGACCUUCCAUCGCAGUGGCGCGGCGGAGGUGGCGGUGGAGGUGGCGGGGGUAGACGGGGUAGAUCGGGCAACGGGAAUGGCGGCCGGGCUUCGUGGGGCUCGAACUGGCGUGGCAGACGGCGAUGAGUGGUCCCUCCGGAAGGGGGUGGAGGAUCUUAAGUAUGCAGUUUCGCUGAUGCAGCGCUUGAUGCUGCGCCAUGAGGAUGCCUCCAUCUUGGCGCGUAUUGAAAGCAGCUUCGUCCUUCACUUCAAGCUCAAUGUGCCGGCGUCUGUGGCGCCGAUGCUGUUUACCUCCGCGGUGGCCUGGCGGAAGAUCAAGGCUGAGGAACCGCAGCGCUUGGAUCGCCCGAUGCGCUGCACGUUACUGGUUUGUCUGUUUGCAGAGCUCAAGGAGCGCAUGACCAAGGUCGUUCAGGAGCCGGAGCGGUUGGAGGAGAUGGCCAGGAUGGGUUGGCUGGCGGUGGGACCGCCAGUGGUGUGGCACUUCAUGCGCUGGGAUGCGGCCAAACUGACAAUUUUCGCUCGGACAAAAGCGCCUGCAAGAAUCUCAAGUCUUCGGCUGUACAACUGA